CUGGAAGUCUGGAUAACUGGAUUUUAACAUUAUCAUGCUUCCUCUUUAAUCUCUUCUCUGCGAACUGCACAUCUCUCUCUCUCUCUCUCUCCUGUGCAGCUUUAUUAGUUAUUACUACUUGGGCUUCACGGGUCUUUGAUUCUCUCGUAUAAUAAGGGUGGUAUGCCACCUGUUAACCAUCAAAGGAGCUUCAACCCAGAGGCUCUAUUACCUAUAUAUAUCGUUCACUGUCUCUCCUUUCUUCUCUGCUUUUCCCAAUCUUCUGCAGUUUACAGUCAUGUCUCCUAUUUCUUCUUCUUCGUUGUUGUCUCUUUGUGUUUGUUUCUUCAUCUUUCUCCUCCUACCCACCUCAGAAUCUGUAAAAAUAAACAAACCCAGAGCCACCAACGUCACCCGCCACCACCGGCAGCUCUCCUACGAUUACCACGCCAAGACCUGCCCUCAACUCGAGCAGCUCGUCGCCUCCGUCACUUCUCAGCAAUAUCGUGAAUCACCCAUUUCCGGACCCUCCACGAUUCGUCUCUUCUUCCAUGACUGCUUUGUCGAAGGUUGCGAUGCGUCAAUCCUGAUAGCAUCGAGGCCGGGAAGCAUGGCAGAGAAGGAUGCGCAGGAUAACAAGAACCUACCGGUGGAGGCGUUCGGUAGCAUAAGGAAGGCGAAGGCCCUGGUGGAAGAAAAGUGUCCAGGCGUUGUGUCUUGUGCUGACAUUCUUGCAAUUGCAGCCAGAGAUUUCGUUCACUUGGCCGGGGGCCCUUACUAUCAAGUGAAGAAGGGUAGGUGGGAUGGCAGGAUUUCAAUGGCAUCACGUGUGAGCUCCAACCUCCCACGUGCGAAUUCCACGGUGGACCAGCUUCUCAAGCUCUUCACCUCCAAGGGGCUAAGCCUAGAAGACCUAGUGGCGCUGUCGGGUGCGCACACCAUCGGGUUCGCCCACUGUGAGCACUUUGUGACUCGACUGUAUAAUUAUCGGGGCACCAAACAACCGGACCCGUCAAUCGACCCGAGAUUCCUAAAGGCCCUGCGAAUGUCGUGCCCGUAUUUUGGUGGCAACGUCGAUGUGGUGGCACCAUUCGACGUGACGACCCCGUUUUCAUUCGAUCACGCGUAUUAUGGAAAUUUGCAGGCCAAAAUGGGCCUGCUGGCGACAGACCAAGCGCUGUUCUUGGACCCAAGAACAAGGCCCAUUGUGCUGGAGCUUGGGAAGGAUAAGCAGAAGUUCUUUCAGGCAUUUUCGGCAGCCAUGGAGAAAAUGGGCUCAAUAGGAGUGAAGAGGGGAAGGAAACAUGGGGAGAUGAGGAAGGAUUGCGGUGUGCAUCCCUGACUGAACUGAAGGCGGCUAAUAGGCUGUGCUCUCCUCUGCUUUGUUGUAUUUUGUUCAUUCUUCCAUCUUUUGGGUGUAUAAUGGGCCUGUUCUCUUUCUUUUUUGGUAAUUGGGCUUUGCCAUCCACUAUUUGAGUUUGAUGGAUGAGGGAGGCUAUGUGCAUGUUUUCUGAUUCUGAGUUAAUUAAACCUUGAGAGGGAAAUUAAAGAAUUACUUUGAGCUCUUUCCCUUUC